GUUCAAACUACUAGGUGUCGAUACCAAAAGGAUUCGAAUCACCUGCUGUGUCGAUUCGGUUUGAGCUUACGUUGUAGUUUGGAAUUAUGGGUCGCUGAGUGAGCGAGUGACUGAGAAAACCGCUUGGUGUUUGUUUAUCUGUUUAAAAAACACUGGUUUAUGAGUACAGAAGAAGCCGGAGGCAUGGAGACUGGCGGGAAAAAGAUGGACGUUAGAACGGUGUGAGCUGUAAUUCAGAGGCCGAGUCGGAGUUGAGCAGCAGCCCCGCGCUGGAGAGCUCAUCACCGUAGUAACGUCAGUGCUCGGUUAGCACAGAGACAGAAAGAUAAACAAGCAGCAACUUCUAACCUCUUAAAGACCAUGGCGCACGGAGGACCACCUCCUCGAUGGCUAAACUGUCCCAGGAGAGGACAACCUGUAGCUGGUAAAUUUUUACCGAUGAAAACCAUGUUGGGUCCCAGAUAUGAUGACAAUGUCCCAGAGGAGAACAGGUUCCACCCGAGCAUGCUGUCCAACUACCUUAAAAGUCUGAAGGUGAAGAUGGGCUUGUUGGUCGAUCUGACGAACACGACGCGCUUUUACGACCGAGCAGAUAUCGAAAAAGAAGGGAUCAAAUACAUCAAACUUCAGUGUAAAGGCCACGGGGAAUGUCCCACUGCAGAGACGACAGAGACGUUCAUCAGAAUAUGUGAAAACUUUAUACAGAAGAAUCCUACUGAGCUCAUAGGUGUCCACUGCACUCACGGCUUUAACCGGACAGGCUUUUUGAUCUGCAGCUACCUGGUGGAGAAAAUGGACUGGAGCAUCGAAGCCGCGACGGCUGCAUUUGCUCACGCUCGCGCGCCUGGCAUCUACAAAGAAGACUACCUGAAAGAACUUUUCCGUCACUAUGGCGACGUAGACGACACUCCUGCUGCCCCAGAGCUUCCCGAUUGGUGCUUCGAAGACGGCAACGACGACGCCGACGACGACGGCAACGUGAUCGGUCAGGACUCCGGGCCGAGCUCGUCAGGCUCCAACCCGAGCAAGAAGAAGCGAGAAAAACUAAAACUGGGUGCUGUGUUUCUGGAAGGCGUCUCCGUGAAAGGAGUGACUCAGUUGACCACUCAGCCCAAACUGGGUCAGGUUCAGCGGAAAUGUCAGGAGUUCUCCGAGUGGGAAAAGACUGGCUUCCCUGGAGCUCAGCCUGUGUCCAUGGAUAGGCGCAACAUUCAUCUGUUGGAGCAGAAUGGCUACAAGGUCAGCUGGAAGGCAGAUGGAACACGGUAUAUGAUGCUGAUCGAUGGCAGAAACGAGGUGUACAUGAUCGACAGGGACAACUCGGUCUUUCACAUCGCCAAUCUGGAGUUCCCUUACCGGAAGGACAUGAGAACUCACCUCUCCAACACACUGCUAGAUGGGGAGAUGAUCGUUGACAAAGUGAACGGGCAGCCAAUCCCACGCUAUCUCAUCUACGACAUCAUCAAAAUAACAGGUCAGCCAGUGGGCCAGUGCGACUUCAGCAGACGGCUGCUGUGUAUAGAGAAGGAAAUCAUCUUCCCUCGCUCUGAGAAAAUAAAGAUGGGCCAAAUAGACAAGACCAAGGAGCCUUUCAGCGUCAGGAGCAAGCCGUUCUUCGACCUUCAUGCAGCACGGAAGCUCCUUGAGGGCAGUUUCACUUCUCAGGUCAGUCACGAAGUGGACGGCCUGAUCUUCCAGCCCAACGGGAAAUACAAGCCGGGCCGCUGCGAUGAAAUCCUGAAGUGGAAACCUCCGAGUCACAAUUCUGUGGACUUUCGACUGAAGAUCUCUAAAGUCGGAGGAGAAGGGUUGAUCCCUCAGACGGUGGGUCUGCUGUACGUCGGCAGCUAUGACAUGCCCUUUGCUCAGAUGAAGGUGACGAAGGACCUGAAGCAGUACGAUAACAAGAUUAUCGAGUGCACGUUCAAAAAUAACUCCUGGGUCUUUAUGAGGCAGAGAAUAGACAAGAGCUUCCCCAAUUCGUACGAUACAGCGAUGGCUGUCUGUAACAGCAUCAAGUUUCCCGUUACAAAGGAAAGCCUGCUGGAGUUCCUGGACCGCUGUGCCCAAAGCCGCAAGCACCAUUCGGACCCGGACGCUCAGCUCAUGCCCCCUCCCCCUCCAAAAAGACCCAAUCACGGCUUCCAGUAACCUUUUGAAGUUGUUCAAGUGAAGUUUUUUUUUGUUUGUUUGUUUUUUUGAUUUUUUUUUAAAUAUAUGUAUUUGGAACCAAGGCUCUUUCUACACCCUGAUGAGGAGACUUUCUAAAUGACAUUCACAGCUUUAUCCUUCCUACUCAAACAUCCACCAGACAGCAGACGCUGCAUUUCUUUGAAAUCCCUCGUUGUGUGGAGACCUUGUCUGGGUGGUCAGAGCUGAAACAUGGUCUUGUUUAAAAGGGGAAAGAAAAAAAAAAAGAAUGAAAUAAAUGCUACAUUGACAUUUG